AUGACCUACGAGGUCGAGGCCAUGAGCCCAGUCGAGGUCGAGGUCCCAUCGCACCGACGAAUACACUUCAACGAGGUUAAUAAUGAUGAGGCCCGCGUGAACGAACUCUAUCUCCUUGAAGAAAGGAGGAAUACCUCCCAGGUGAAUUUGGCAAAGUAUAAUAGGAAGAUGACCCGUUAUUAUAACUCCAAGGUAAAAAAUCGAACUCUUCGCCUGGAAGACCUCGUCCUCGGAAGGGUCUUUCAAUCAUCAAAGCCAACCGGGUCAGGAGUGUUUGGAUCGAACUGGGAGGGUCCUUACCCCAUCCGCAGGGAAUCCCGACCUGGUACUUUAGAAAUUGAAGACAUGGCAGGGAAAUCACCUGAGAAAAUACUAUCAGUGAUGAGUUUUUGUUCCGAUCCGAUCUUAAUGUUGUCUAAUAAGUUUGUGUCCCGAUCCGAUCUCAUUUGUAAUUUUCCCAUCUUACUGAGCACUGAAAAUGCCUUGGUAAUGGAUAAUGUCAAUACGAUACGAGAGUCGAAGCAAUAA